UUGUGUGAUACCGAUAAGAGGUGCCGUCCCUAGUCACUCGUGUCUUAACGUUUUCCUACAUUUAUAUUUUUUGUUUAGUCGAUUCGCACUUCGUAGUCCAUACACUAUCAGAUUAACUUUUUAAAGUCGGUAUUUGCAUUUUGCCAUCCAUAUCCAGUUACUAGGCUGUUAGACACUUGAAGUUUAGACGCAUUUAGUAUCAGUAUCACGAGACCUUGAAAAAGCAUCCUAGUAAAUUGGUCGUUGACUCAAUGACGGCAUAUGUUUUACUUAACUUGCGCACAUCUAAAAGUUUAUAAGUAAUAUCUAGUAUAUUAUAGUCAUCGACAUCCAAUACUUUCCUAAUGGCGGCUAAUAAAAAGGAAGCAAUAGUACUUGCGAUUGAUGUCGGAAAAAAUUCUUUACAACUAGGUUCAGAUGGAGAAACAAAUUUUGAAAAAGCUAAAUUUUGUGCUUCUAUGAUUUUAAAGAGAAAAAUAUUUGCUGAAAGUAAAGAUUAUUUGGCAUUAAUAUUGUUCGGGUCAUCUCAAACAAAUAACCAUCUUGCAUCACAAGGAUAUUAUUAUAAUAAUAUAGAAAUUGUUACAAGUUUAGGUGUAGUGACUUGGGAUUUAAUUAAACAUGUUAAUAGUUUAUCUCCUUCAGAUAUAACACAUUCAGAUUGGCUCAACACUCUUGUCGUUGCUGCAGAUAUGUUGAAAAGGGAAACUGAAGACAAAAUAUUCAAAGACCUCCAGAUCGUUUUGUUUUCAAAUCUUGCAACUGAUAUCUCAUUUGAUAAAAUUGAUAUAAUUGCAAGCGGUAUAAAAAAGCAAUAUAUUAAUUUGACUAUAAUAGGUAAAGAUUGUGAAGAUAUAUUAGUCAAUCCUGUGUUAGAAACAUUCAUCAUAAAAACUGAGGCAACUGCAGUUAAUUUUGAUUCGGUUCUACCUAAAAUUAGUCAUUACAAACAAAAAGAAGUAACUCCAAGAGCUUGGAAUGUCCCUUUAAGUUUUGGAAAUGUUUUUAAUAUAAAAGUUGCCGGUUAUAAAAAGAUAGAUGAGACCACAAAAAGCUUUAAGUGGUUAUUAUGUAGGAAUUAUGAUACACCAGAUUCAAUUUCAGCAAUGAAUAAACAUACUAUAUAUUCUUAUAUUGAUAAUGGUGAAGAAAUAGAAGUUGAUCGUGAUGAUAUAAUAGAUGGAUUUCGCUUUGGUGAUACAAUUAUACCAGUCUCAGAUUUAGAUAUACAAGCGUAUGGUUAUAAAUCUGGUCCAAGAUGUUUACAAGUAUUAGGGUUUACAAAAGCUAAAAAUAUACAAAGAUCAUUUUUAAUGGAUGGAGGAUCAUAUAUUUUUAAACCUCACAAAGAAGAUAUUAUUGCAUUUAGUGCUAUUUUCAAAGCAAUGGUCGAAAGGGAAGAAUUGAUGAUUAUUAGAAAAAUUUAUUUAAAUGAUUGUUUGCCAACCAUAGGUGCAAUGUUUCCUCAAAGAGAAGAUAAUGAAAAUUAUUUUGUAUGUGUUAAUCUUCCAUAUGCUGAAGAUGAGCACUUGUUUAAGCUUCCAUCAUUGGAAUCAUUCAAACCAAAUUAUGAAGAAAAGAAUGUUGUCUGUAACCUUAUAGAUGCAAUGGACUUAGAUGUAGAUGGAAAUGAAUUGUUCAUGCCUGAAAAUACACAUGACCCUGAAUUACAAUAUGUGUAUGAUUGUAUUGCUCAAAAAGCUAUUAAUCCAGACAAAAUGUUAACAAAAACAAUUCCAGAGUACAUUCAGAGUUUGCUUAACCCCCCUGAGAAAAUUAUGGAAAAAGCUAAGCAACCUAUUGAUGAAAUUAUAAAACUAUUUUCUCUUCAACAAGAAAUUCAUGAAAAAUGUCCAAUUGAGGAAAAUAAUGCUUUACAGGUUAGUUGUGAUGAAGAAAUGGACAUAUCAAAACAAUGUGUGAUUACAGCAUUCAGCCCAAUAGAUGAUUUUAAUAAACUUUUAGAAAAUGGAUUUAAUUCUACAAUAGUUUGUGGAAAGAUGAAAAGUAUAACUCUAGACCUAAUAGAAUCUAGUACAAGCAUGGAAGAUUUAGAGAAACCAGCAUCAAAUUUGAAAGUCUUAAGAGAAUUUUAUAUACAUGGUAAUGAUGUUAAGUCUUAUAAUGAUUUGAUGUAUCUUGUAAAAGAUUCAGUUCUUUUAUCUGGUAAAGAAGAAAUGUGGUCACAAUUCGUUGAUAGUGGAAUAGGACUUAUUACUAAUCAAGAGGCAGAAAUGAGUGAUAUUUCACAAGAAUUAUCUGAAAACUUUAUGAAACAUGAAGUAAUAGAAGAUGUUGCAGCAGAGUUUAUCAUUGAUGAUGAUGAUCCGCUAAAAGAAUUUUUAUAAAUGGAAACAAGUGUUAUUAUAUAAGUGAAUAAUACAAAUCAUCUUACCAUCUUAUUAUUAAUUAAGUAUGAUUUAUAUUAUAUAUUUUUUGCCUUUUAAUAAUGCAAAAAGAGAAAUUUCACUAUUUACUAAGGUACAGUUUAAUGUAACAUACGAUAAAAAAAUCAAAAGUGUGUUGUAACUUCUAGUAGAUAUUAUGUUUACUACAAAGUAUUUAUGUAUAUAAAUUUAAAAUUGCUUAAUUGUAAUACACAAAAAGACAGAAUGUUGUACAUUAUUUCAAAUAAUGGUCCAAUAUGUGACCUACACAUACAUUUUCAGUCCAGUGUGGGACCUACAUAAAGGUAUUGUUCUAUACAGCAUUUGUAAUAGUUAUCAUAGUUAUUAAUUCAUUUAUGAAUUGAAUUUUUACACAUUGCCUACCAAGGUAGCUGAGUUGCACUUAUAGCCGUUUAUCGACUUGUCCGCUGUAAAAGUUUACUCAUGAAGUUCUUUAGAAAAAAAGCGAUCUUAGGUAAUCAGAAAAUUCUAACAACAAAUUAACAUUAUUAAUAAAUAUCACUAAUUACUGCAAUAUAGUACAUAAAUUAUGUUUAGAAUGUUUAGAUCAAUAUCAAAAAAAAAA